ACCUUUAACCCAUCCCUAUUUGGCCGCUCUGCACGUGUUGCAAUUGUUUUCAAGUUGCACAAACAAUGUCGAAGUUCUUAUCCUAUUACAACCUGUUCCCCAUACCAGAUCCCAAUGAGUUUCUGGGAUUGGCUUCUGACAAGGAAAAGGGCAACGUGGUGACCACAUUGGCGCGCAAUGUGGUAGUGGUUUUAAAUAUCAGCACACAAAAGCAGUUGCUUAGUUGGUCCCUGCCUGAAAAGCUCUCCUCCAAGGUUAUCUACGAUCCCAGCAGCCAGAAAUAUGUGGGUGUCUUUGGAAACCACUCUCUGCGUCUUUGGGAUGUGGACACCACAGAUGUUGCCAAAUGCAAAAGACUAAAGUUUCAAAAAAGCAUAGCUCACUUAGUGGAAACCACCCAGGAGGCUUUGAUUCUCUACAGCGAUGGCGACUGCCAAACGCUCUCCCAAGCGCUGGCCUCUCGCAAGGAUCAGAAGGAAGAUACAGCUGAGCAACUGGCCUUGGCUGCCAGCAAGGUCCUUAGCAAACCUAAAGUGUACACUUUGGCCCAGGGCCAGCAGGUGCUGACCUACUUCGAGGAAACAAAAGCAACCGGCGAACUGCAGCUCAUCCGGCUUUCCCUGACCACUGCCAACAGGCGGGAGUACCUCAUCAAAAGGGAGGAUGUACGGCUAACUGGCUAUGCAGUCGUAGAAGGAGAUGCAGCUCCUCAACUACUGACUAUAUGGUCUGACAAACGAAUCUUCAUGCUAAACCUUACGGAGCGCACAUCUGAGCGAUCACCCGGACAGUUUGUAUCGAUGCUGGCCGAGCUGAAUGUGGAGAGUAAGCUGUCAGUGCACGGAGUUUCUCGGAACUUUGCGGCCAUUUAUGGGGCCAACUACGGGCAGGAAGGAGCCUCGCUGUUGGUCUACAACACUCAGUUCAAGGUGGUCAAUGCCAAGCAGUACUUCAAAGUGUACCUGGACUUCUCUCGCCUUUGGGCCGGCGAUGAGCACAUUCUGCUUGCCAUGGGUCAGAAUAUAGCCGCUGUGCAAUACAGAAUGAACAGAGAGGUGCUGGUAGAUAUGCUUGGUUCACAGUUUAGCGACACUCACCUUAGUCCCAUCGAACUGGAUCACAUUAACGAGGAGGAGCACCUGGAGUCGCUUAUAAAGUUCGAUGGAAGCACAAAGGCCUUCAACUACGGCGCUGUCAAAUCCAAAUUAAAGAAAAAGCUGCCCACUUUGGAGGUCCAAACGGCAGAUGGCAGGGAGUUGGCUUACGAUCCACCCGAGGUGGUGGACCAGGAGAUAGACGAAAUAAUUAAGCAUCAUGUUCAUGGAGAGGCUACUAGCUGUGAAAACGGAUUGGAGGAUGUGAGUGUCACUCUAAUGACAAACUUCUUCGAUUGGGGACCGAAGAACACAGCUGUACAGGCCUUGGUGCGACAAUUGGAAAGGAGUGGAGCGGGCGAAGAAGAGAUAAUCGAAAAGAUUCUUACCCUUUUCAUCAAGACCGAGAAUACCGAGCAUGUGCUUAUGUGCCUGCGACGUUAUAGUAAUGUCUCGGAGAGAAUGCUAGCAUGGUCGCUGCGUUUUGCUCUAGAUAAAAGCAUGAAACCCUCUGGUAUCAACGGUGAUGCCAAGGCUGAACCCAUGGAGACCAAUCAGACUAGCAACGAGCUACUAAAUGCAGUUCUAGCCUGUAGUUUUGAUACCAGCGGCAUCGAGGUGCAUUUGCGCCAGCGACUGGAGCUACCCCAUGUGCUGUUCCUAAUGAACCACUUGUACGAACUGGCCAAUGAUCCCAGAGCCGAGUUAGAGGAACGGCCUAAUCGGAAAUCCACGCUGAUUCAAACAGAAGUCCAGGCUCUGCAAUGGUUCGGCUGCCUUUUAACCUCCCACUUCACCCUGCUGAGCAUCUCCAAGGACGAAGCUCUGCUCGAGACGCUCUCCAAAUGGGCCAAUCUUCUCUCCUUCUAUGAGGACAGUUUGUUUGACUUAGCCAACUUGUUGCCACAGCUAGCAAAUAUUGUGGAAAGGCGUGAGAUAAAACCCAUUUACUCCACAACGUGGUAUGGCGUCGAGGAGGUGGUACUGUACUAGAACGUAAUUACUUUUGAGCUCUAUUAAAACAUUUUUUCUAAGUUAUUAAGCCAAAUAAACCUAGAAUUUACUUAAAA